CUAACGUUGAUGUCGCAAGACUGGCGCGAUGGCGGUGCUGUCGCUUUCAAUGUACGCACUAUGACGGACAAAGCGCGUCUCUCGCGUCGAUGCUCGAUGCUGAUCAUCGGGGUGUACUCGAUAGCCGUUGUAGUCUACGUCUCCGUUAUAAUCGAAUUCAACCACAUCCACUCCGAUGAGUUCAGCAAUAAAGAGCGACAGUUCUUUCUCAAAAUGAAGUUCCCCUUUGACUACGACGUCUCUCCCAUCCACGAAAUCAUCCUGUUCAUUCAGUUUCUUCAACUGCUGAGUAACGCCUCGGUAAUCGGGAUGUUGGACGCAUUCAUCAUAACGUUGAUGCUGCACAUAAGUGGCCAGGUAGACAUCGUAUGUUACAAUUUGUGCAAGCUUUUCUCGGAAAAAUAUGAACACAAAUCGUACGGAGAAGCUAUUGGUAUGAUUAUUCGCAAGCAUCAAAAUCUCAUCGCGCUGUCGAACAACAUCGAGAAUUUGUUCACCUACAUCGCAUUGAUGCAGUUCUUCACGAAUACAUUUGUCAUAUGUUGCAUAGCGGUCGUCAUUGUAACAUCGCUCGAAUCCAAACAAGGAUACAUCCUAUUGUUGAAGUCUUUGUUCUUUUACAUCGCUAUCACCUUGGAGGCGUUCAUUUUUUGUUUUUCCGGAGAAUAUCUCAGUAACAAGAGUAAGUCAAUCGCGAAUGCAGCUUAUGAGGUGCUUUGGUAUAACGCUCAACCCAGCAAAAGUCGAAUUUUGUUGACUCUAAUGUUGAGAUCGCAAAAACGAUUGACUUUAACAAUCGGGAAAUUUAACGACCUAUCUUUGGAAGUCUUUGCGAAUGUAAGAUUCAACAGAAGACUAUGUGUGUGUGUGCGUACGUAUUCAAACAGAAUAUUUUCUUUAGUAUACAGCGAUAUUAUAUUUCAGAUUUUAAAAGCUUCUGCGUCUUACGUAUCAGUGCUGCUUGCAAUGUCUUGAACAACGAAAAGAUCAAUUAUAAAGUUUACAUACAAGUAUAUGUAUAUUGUCAUUAUAAGUUAUAUAUUAGUAUCUUGUGCAUGAGUAUCCUUAUGUAUCAUUUAAUCGUUUUCAUACACGUUUUAUAAAUUUUGUAAGUGUAGA